AUGGCGAUGGCGUGGCCUACCGCAUGUCUCUCACUCUCUAAGCAACAAGGUCUUAAGUCAACCUUCUUCCUCUUUCGGCCUCUGACGAGCUACCGCACCCAAACACAAUAUAUUGUAAGGCCUGGUGUUGGUAGUGGGUAUUGGCGUCUGAGCGGUGGGAGCUGGGCCAUCGGGGCAGCGGACACCAUUUUCAUAGCUGGGAUCGCGACCAAAGGGGGCGAGGACAGCAGUGCAUAGCUGGUGCGGUGGCCAUUGCGGGGACCGGGACAGCAGGGUUUAUAGCUGGGACAGCACUUCGAGGCUGGGACAGCAGGGAGGGUUUAGAGUUUUAGUUUGAUAUGCCUGGAACGGAGGAGGACGCAACUCUGAGCGCGAGUUGGAUGAGGCGCUACGAGCUAUAGAUGUUGCCAAGGCUGAGACGAAGGAGGCCAAGGCUCAGACGAAGGAGGCCAAAGCUGAGACGGAGGAGCUUAGGGCAGCACAGCGGCGGUCUGCGGGUGCACCUGCCGGCAGCAGCUCAGGAGGCGACGGUCUAGUUGCUCCUGGAGGGGCUUCAUCUGCACCGGUGAGGCCAAUGUGGCCAGGCGGGGUGAGUCAUGAUGGCGGUACUGGGGUGCCGGGCUUGCCUCUGGGAGGUACAAUUGUCAGAACUCCUGUGCCUAGAAU